AUGUCCCACUCGGGCGACGCUGAUGGUGGGCAUCAAAGCUUCACUGACAAGCUCAAGAACCCCUUCCAUGAGCUCAAGGACAAGCUGAAGGGCACGCAUCUACACGAUGCCAAGGUUGCCUUGACCCACAAGAAGCACCAGAUUGGAAAGUUUGGUAACCUCUUCAACCCUGAGCACCGCCAUGACGAGGAGCACGAAAAGGCCUGUGAUGAGAAGCGGACCAAGAUUGGCGAAGGGCACCGCUUCAAGUCAUAUUUCCCCGAACAUGACGGGAAUAUGAUCAAGUGGUAUGUGGACGGCCGUGACUACUUCCAUGCUGUCUCCGUAGCUCUGGAGCAGGCUCAGGAGAGUAUCUACAUUGCGGAUUGGUGGUUAUCGCCAGAGCUCUUCCUCAGACGCCCUCCUUCGCUCAACCAGGAAUGGAGACUGGACCAAGUCCUCAAGCGCCGCGCGGAAGCUGGUGUCAAGAUCUACGUUGCCGUCUACCGCGAGGUCGAGGCUGCCCUCACGUGCAACUCGGAGCAUACCAAGCAUGCCCUGCAGUCACUCUGCCCCGAAGGCAGCCCUGGUUAUGGUAACAUCAAGAUCAUGCGCCAUCCAGACCACAAUGUGCUCGAGAACGCCGCCGAUAUGACCUUCUACUGGGCCCAUCAUGAGAAGUUCAUAGUCAUAGACUACAAGAUGGCCUUCAUCGGCGGGCUGGACCUUUGCUUCGGCCGUUGGGACAACCAUCAGCAUCCCCUUAGUGAUGUCCACCCUGAGGGUGUCCAUAACGAGGUUUGGCCAGGACAGGACUUCAACAACAACCGUGUCAUGGAUUUCCAGAAUGUCCAGGACUGGAAGCAGAACGAGUUGAGCAAGGCCGAUUACGGUCGCAUGCCAUGGCACGACGUUGCCAUGGGGGUCAUUGGACCUUGUGUCUAUGACAUUGCUGAGCACUUUGUACUGCGCUGGAACUUCAUCAAGCGUGACAAGUACAAGCGUGACGACAGGUUUGACUGGAUCGAGCUUCGCGGUCGACAAGGCGACGAUGAGGAUCUCGUUGGUGUGCAGCGUCCAAAGCACCCUGUCGGCGACUACGUGGUUCACCCUUACACGCCCUUGGAGACCAAGAAUCUGGAGAACCGCGGUACGAUUCAUGCUCAGAUCGUUCGAUCCAGCGCCGACUGGUCCAGCGGUAUUCUGAGAGAUCAUUCAAUUCAGAACGCCUAUUGCGAGAUCAUUCGCAACGCGCAACACUAUGUGUACAUUGAGAACCAGUUCUUCAUCACCGCAACUGGCGAUCAGCAAUCCCCAGUUCACAACCAAAUUGGUCGUGCCAUCGUAGAGGCCUGUGUGCGGGCUGGCAAGGAGGGGCGCAAGUUCCGUGUCAUCAUACUCAUACCCGCCAUUCCUGGAUUCGCUGGCGAUCUUCGUGAUGACGCUGCUACGGGGACUCGCGCCAUCAUGGACUACCAGUUCAAGUCGAUUUGCCGCGGCGAACAUUCGAUCUUUGAGCAGAUCCGUAAGGAGGGCGUAGAUCCGACACAGCAUAUUUUUGUGUUCAACCUCCGCACGUAUGAUCGUCUCAACAAAACACCGCAGAUCAAGAAACAGGAAGAGCAGUCUGGAGUGCCAUAUCAUGAACUCCAACGAGCACAGGCAGAGGAGAUCAUGGGCAGCGGCAUCCACGGCUCCAAGGAUGUGGAGGGUGGCAUUGACAAGCACAUGGGCAAGACUGAAAGCAACGGCGGCCCCGAUUUGGACGACGUGGCCGAGAAGAAACGACGGUUCGAAGCUGCCAGAGAUGGUGCACCAGAGCCGACGACUGCCUUCAGCGUCGCCCACCAUGCCAUGGCGGACACUGGCGAUUUGACUGAUCAGCCUUGGGAGGGCGACCCCAAAGACGAGGUGGAAAACUGGAUCCAGGAAGAACUAUACAUCCAUGCCAAGCUUCUCAUCGUCGAUGAUCGCAUUGUCGUGUGUGGAUCGAGCAAUUUGAAUGAUAGAAGCCAAGAGGGUCAUCACGACAGCGAGUUAUCCAUUGUGAUGGAGGACACGGACCGCAUCCAGAGCGUCAUGGACGGCCAGCCUUUUGAGGCCGGUCGCCACGCUGCCACACUACGCCGAUACCUGUGGCGGGAGCACCUGGGCUUACUGCCUCCCCAGGACCUGGACGUCAAGGAUGAUGUCAAUGCCCAACCACCGGGCGAUGACUCGCCCAACGACGCUUGGGAUCGUGAGGACAGCUACAAGUUUGUCGAGGACCCGAUGUCUGAGGACGUGUGGAAGAUGUGGACUGAGAAUGCAACCACCAACACCGAGAUCUUCAGGCAUCUCUUCCAUGCUGAUCCGGAUGAUCACGUGAAAACAUUCGACGACUAUAACCUAUUCCUUCCGCCGAAGGGAGUGAAGGCCGGUCACAUCUUUGACAAAUUCCUGCCUCCCGAGGACAUCCGCAACAAGCUCAACAAAAUCAAGGGGCACCUGGUCUGGAUGCCUCUCGACUUCUUGAAGGACGCUAAUAUGGCAGAAACCGGCUUGCAGGUCAAUCAAUUUACUGAAAGUGUUUAUGCCUAA